AGGACACCUGUGAGGAGCGCGCUUCGGAGAAGGGCAGAGGCGCGUUCCCGCUGGCGCCAGGCCGGGAGCGCGGCGCGCGGUUGGAGUUUCGCGCAGGUGAAAGGGCGGGAGCGCGCACAGGUGCACUAGGACGCGCGUGCAGGAUCCAGAGGGGUUACGCGGGGACGCGCGCUGGGUGCACGGCGCGCCAGUGAGCGCUGGCCGGGGCCCCGCGGGGGCGGCACCGGGGGGAUGUGGCCGCCGCUCCCGGGGGACGGACUCUUAAAGGCGGAGCCGGGAGCCUGGCAAGGGCAGCAGCAGCGAAGGACCCGGCAGGGCUGCCCAGUGGCUGGGAGCAGCAGGAGGGGGGACGCUGCCCGGGGCGCACGGCUGGCACCCAAGGGUCCCUGCACCAGAGGGCGCAGCCAAGCACCCAGGGUGCCUGGGGAUGGCGCUGCCAGGAGGGGUCCCCGGGCCCUAGGGGCGGCGGUGCCCGGAGUGGUCCCCCGGGCCCUAGGGGCGGCGGUGCCCGGAGGGGUCCCCCGGGCCCUAGGGGCGGCGGUGCCCGGAGGGGUCCCCCGGGCCCUAGGGGCGGCGGUGCCCGGAGGGGUCCCCCGGGCCCUAGGGGCGGCGGUGCCCGGAGGGGUCCCCCGGGCCCUAGGGGCGGCGGUGCCCGGAGGGGUCCCCCGGGCCCUAGGGGCGGCGGUGCCAGGAGGGGUCCCCCGGGCCCUAGGGGCGGCGGUGCCAGGAGGGGUCCCCCGGGCCCUAGGGGCGGCGGUGCCCGGAGGGGCCCCGGGCUGUCGGGGGUCCCUGGCCCGAUGCGGGAGCCCGGAGCCGCGGGAGGCAGCUAAGCCGUCGGACAGCCCCCGCGAUGCCCUGGCACGGCCCGCUGGCGCUCACCCUGCUCUGCCUGGCCUGCUGCCUGCUGCUGCCGGGCCGGGGCUGCGGGCCGGGCCGGGGCCCGCCGGGGCGCCGGCGACAGGCCCGGAGGCACCUGGUGCCGCUGCACUACAAGCAGUUCGUGCCCAACGCGCCCGAGCAGACGCUGGCUGCGAGCGGCCGGGCUGAGGGCCGGCUGGGGCGCCGCGCCGAGCGGUUCCGGGACCUGGUGCCCAACUACAACCCCGACAUCAUCUUCAAGGACGAGGAGAACACGGGGGCCGACCGGCUCAUGACCCAGCGCUGCAAGGACCGUGUGAACGCGCUGGCCAUCGCCGUGAUGAACAUGUGGCCCGGCGUGAAGUUGCGGGUGACGGAAGGCUGGGACGAAGAUGGGCAUCACCUGCCCGACUCGCUGCACUAUGAAGGGCGGGCACUGGACAUUACCACGUCUGACCGGGACAGGGAGAAGUAUGGCAUGCUGGCGCGCCUGGCCGUGGAGGCUGGCUUCGACUGGGUCUACUACGAGUCCAAAGCCCACAUCCACGUGUCGGUGAAAGCAGAUAACUCCCUGGCCAGCCGGGCCGGCGGCUGCUUCCCGGGCCACGCCACGGUGACGCUGCGGAGCGGCCAGCGGAAGGGGCUGUGGGAGCUGCGCCGUGGUGACUGGGUCCUGGCCGUGGACCGGAGCGGCCAGGUGGUCCCCACCGAGGUGCUGCUUUUCCUGGACCGCGACCUGCGCCGGCGUGUGUCCUUCGUGGCCAUCGAGACGGAGAGCCCCGCCCACCGGUUGCUGCUCACGCCCUCCCAUCUGGUGUUCGCUGCCCCGGCCCCGGCCAACGGCACCGCCAGCUUCGUGCCCGUCUUUGCCUGGCGGGUGCGGGUGGGUGACUCGGUGCUGGCCCACCACGCUGGCGGACGGGGGCUGCAGCCAGUCCGGGUGCUGCGGGUGUCGCGGGAGGAGGGCGUGGGGGUGUUUGCCCCACUGACAUCACAUGGGACCCUUCUGGUCAACGGGGUGCUAGCCUCCUGCUACGCCGUCCUGGAAAGCCAUCACUGGGCCCACCGCGCCUUCGCCCCCCUCCGGCUUUUCCACGGCCUCCUCUCACUGCUGCCCCCCAGUGGCGAGGCCAGGAACUGCAGUGCGCCGGAGACGGGCAUGCACUGGUACUCGCGGCUGCUCUACCAGCUGGCGUGGGGGCUGCUGGGCCAGGACUCCCUCCACGCCUAGCGACCACGUUACAAUCAGUGACGCAGACAACGUUAAUGUAACAAACUGGAAGCAGGAGGCGCUGGAUUGAG